AGGGAUGGAACCCGUGUCCCCUGCAUUGGCAGGCAGAUUCCCAACCACUGCGACACCAGGGAAGUCCUUUUUUUUUUUUUAAUUGUAGUCAUUCUAGUGUGUAGAAAGCAGUAUUUCCUUGUGGUAUGAUUUGCAUUUCCCUAGUGACCAGUGAUGGUGUGCAUCUUUUAAUGUGCUUAUUUGUCAUCCAUGUACCUUUAUUGGUGAAAUGUCGAUUCACAUAGUUUGCCCAUGUUUUAACUGGGUUGUUUUAUUAUUGUUGAGUUUUGGAAGUUCUCUCUAUAGCCUGAAUACAACUUCUUUACACAGGCUUAGCAAAGUUGUUCUUCUAGUCUUCUAGUGGCUUGUCUUUUCAUUCUCUUAACAUUGCCUUUUGAAGAGCAGUUUUAAAGUCUGAUGGAAUCUAAUUUAUCAAUUUGUUAUUUUAUGGGUCGUGCUUUUAGUAUUGCAACCAAGGAAUAUUUGACUGACUGAAUGUCACAAGAUGUUUAUCUUUGUUUCCUCUUCGCAUUUUUAUAGUUUUGGGCUUUAAGUUUGUGUCCAUGAUCCAUUUGUAUAUGGACUGAGGUAUGCAUCCAAGUUCUUUUUCUUCCCCCAAAAAAACCUUUUUUUUUUUUGUAAAAAGAUUUUUUCUAAUUAUAAAAGUAAGACAUUUGUAAAAUACGGAAGAGUAUAAAGCCUACAUCUUGCUAAUUUUUUAAUAACUUACCGAGGUACAUUUAAAGGUAUUGUGGCGGAGUGGGGCGGAGUAGUUCUAAGUGUGACUUUACAAAAUUGGAAUCAGAGUAUAUUCCAUGUCCUGCUUUUAAAAAUUUGAGCAUUAUAUCAGUGUUUAAUCAUGUGACUUAAUGUUUUUUAAAUGCAUGUUUUUAAUGGCUGUGUAGUUAUCCUAUCAUAUAGACAUAUGCUACUUUACCCCUUUUAUUAGACAUUAUCAACUUUUAUUCUUAAAAUAUGCCUGUACUUAAAUCUUCGUUUCUCGGCUUUUUUCCUUAUACUUUUAGAAAUGAUUUAUCAGGUCACCAUACAUGUACGCUUAGCUUUUACUACCUAUUUCCACAGUGUAUUCCAGAAAAGUUUCAAUGGUUUACACUCCCAACAGCAAUAACUAAGACACUUAAUUUUUUCAAUUAAUUUUAAAAUCAUUUUUUGAAGUAGAGUUGAUUUACAAUGUUAUAUUGGUUUCAGGUAUGUAACAGUGAUUCGAUAUUUUUAUAGAUUUUAAUCUAUUUCAAGUUAUUAUGAAAUAUUGGUUCUAUGCCCUGUGCUGCGCAUCACGUCCUUGUAUCUUAAGAAAUUUAAUUUUUUAUGGCAAGUGUGUUUCUGUGAAAGCCUCAGGGAUGCCCCUGGACACCCCUCUCUUGUCCUCCGCAGGGUCCCUCUAACCUCGGCUGCUGUCCCCAGGCCAAGCGCCUUGCUCUCCCUGCCUCCUUACCAGAUGCACCCCUCUCACUGGGCUCUGUGGACACGGGCCAAGUUAAGCAAACUCCUUGCAUCGCUUACCCCUUUCACCAGAAAAAACUUGCCUGGUGAGUGCGCAUCUGUCUUAGGUCUGCAAUCAUGGACGAGGAAAGCGUGUCCGUUUUCUUGGCCAUGGUUUGUCUUGUCUCCGUUUCUCCCCUGCCUCUUUAUCCUCAGCCCCGCAGCGUUCUCUGCUCUCUCCCGCCAGGCACCCCGACGCCGCCUCUAACCAGCGCCCUACCGUUUUUCUCCUCCAGCGCCCAGCUGUCUCCUCCUCGCUGCAAGUCCCUUGCUGGCCCUCCGCUGGCACCCACGUGGAGGUGCGUCCCGUCCUCCCGGCCCCGGCCUCUCACCGCCCGCCCCGCCCCACACUCUUCCUUGCUGGAGGCUGGUGUCCUCACGCCUGAGUGGUGACCUCUGUGCAGCAGUGGCAGGGGCGCUCCGGAACCCUUAGCAGCUCUGUCUUUUUGUGGGUUGUGCCACCUUUUCCUUCCUUCUCGAUGCUCAGCCUGCCACUCGGCCUCUAAAUGGCCUGGUUUGGUCCUACCGUGGUGGUCAGGAGGCUCCACCGGUAACGGGGUUGGCCCUGAGUGACAGGAGGCGACUCAGCCAGCUCUGCCCCCCACCCCCCGCAUGUCCUCUGUCAGCACUGUCGGCUCACAGGCGGCCUCUCUCUGGGACAGGCUGCUUCUUGCUGGUUUUCAGCUCUGUGCUGUGUGCUCGUCCAGCACUGUUUCCUGCAUCCCAUUGAAGUCCCCGCCCCUGCACCUCCCCCGUACUUGUUCUCAGUGCCGUGGACCCCUUCGCUGACUCACACUUGCUUCUCAUCGCUAGUACAUGAGCGCGACGGUCCCUGCACUUUUCGCAUCUGAACCCUUAGGACGGCUGUAACUGUGCAGCACGGGUCACCUUGGACUCUGUAAUCCGCAGGGGUGACCUGUGAGUCCUGGCUAACUGGCAUGCUCCCCACACCCCGUUUCCCAUCUAUGUUGUACAUCCUUCAGGGCAAAAGUCCACGGUAUUCUUCUCCUUUUCUGAUCUUCUGUCACUUGUUUAUACCAUACAAUGUUGCUUUUGCUGUCGAGUGGUCACCCUAAUACCGCCUUAGGGCAGCUUUGACUUUAACCGUCACGCUGCUUGCCCUGACAUAGGCGUCUUUCCUGUAGCUGCAGCUCCUGUGCACCUCGAGAACAGGGGCCCGUGUGUUUGCAUCCCCAGUGAUUCAGAUCUGUGCCACAUGGGAUAGAGGCUGGUAACAGUUAUCACGUCGGUGUCAGCUGUCUAUCUUACUGGAGGGGUGGUCACAUGUGGCUGCACGCUGACCCCGGGUCCAGGGAAGUGAAGCAGGUGGUUUCUGCACAGAGCUCCUGGGGCUCCUUUCUUUCCUGGUCAGCACCUGCAGGUGUAGGUCUUCAUAACCUGCACAACAUAAGGAAGCUCAGGACGAGCACACAUUGGGUGCUUCAGAAUUCAUUUGGGGUUUUCUCUGUGUGGAAGACGGACUUGCCUGCCACCUGCGAAUUCACUUUAAAACCAGUGGCCUCUUCGUGAAGAGCAGCUCAGCAGCUGGGCGAUCGCCCCUCUCCUUGUUCUGCCUCUUCUUCGGGGUGCACCCCUCCCUGUGAACACACAGCCUGAGGGAAACACUCGUCCAGCAGGAUUUCUCCCUCACCUGUUAUUCAGAACAAAAUAUACAACCCAAGAGGUUUUUCUCAAAACUGUGUUACAGAGGAAAUCAUGGAUGUGUCUAGAGUAUCAAUGAAGAAAAUAAGCAGCAAUUUUGAGAAACAGCAGUAAACUUGGAAUAAUAUUUUACCGAAUAAAAAUACAAACAACCCAGAUAAUUUCAUUGUGAUUCGAGGGGAAGUAACUAAAUCUAGGGAUAUUGAUCUGUUUACUUUUCAGUUUUCAACGUACUGUAAAUAUUUCAUGUGAUUCACAUUUGUUCCUAACAGAAUUUGAGAUAGAUUUUCCAAUAAAGUAUAAAGAUGUGAAUAAGUGAUAAUGAAUUAAAAGAACCAAUUUGGUUCAUAUGCCAUUAGCCAAGCUGGGUCUGACUUUUGGAAUUUCAAACUAACUCUUCUUUUCUUUUUAGGUUGCCUCUUGGUGCUGCCUUGACCGUAUUUGGCACCCAGAAUGCUUCAUUCUGUGAUGGUCUAUUAAUAAGGUUGCCUUGCUAGAGUUUGGAGCAGGGCCCCAGAUUGGCCAAAAUGGGAAGGACUGGAUUCCGCUCUCUUCCACGAAGAGUCAAUGGAACUGGCUAAGAUCAAGGUCUGACGCUUUUUCCAUCUGUCAUCAGUCCCUUUUUGCUUUCUUUUACGACCACAUGAGACUUGAGAAGCCACCUAAAGCUAAGUCAUUUAGUGGAGUUGGGCAGUUCCCAAGUGUCCAACAAGAAGGCCUGGUUUAGGCUGCGAUGGCCACUGUCAUUCCUGGUGAUUUGUCAGAAGUAAGAGAUACCCAGAAAGUCCCUUCAGGGAAACGUAAGCGUGGUGAAACCAAAACAAGAAAAAACUUUCCUUGCCAACUGUGUGACAAGGCCUUUAACAGUGUUGAGAAAUUAAAGGUCCACUCCUACUCUCACACAGGAGAGAGGCCCUACAAGUGCAUACAACAAGACUGCACGAAAGCCUUUGUUUCUAAGUACAAAUUACAAAGGCACAUGGCCACGCACUCUCCCGAGAAAACCCACAAGUGUAAUUACUGUGAGAAAAUGUUUCACCGGAAGGACCACCUGAAGAAUCACCUGCACACACACGACCCCAACAAAGAGACGUUCACGUGCGAAGAGUGCGGCAAGAACUACAACACCAAGCUCGGGUUCAAGCGGCACCUGGCCUUGCACGCGGCCACGAGCGGCGACCUCACCUGCAAGGUCUGCCUGCAGACGUUCGAGAGCACGGGCGUGCUGCUGGAGCACCUGAAGUCCCACGCGGGCAAGUCGUCGGGGGGCGUGAAGGAGAAGAAACACCAGUGCGAGCACUGCGACCGCCGCUUCUACACGCGCAAAGACGUGCGCAGACACAUGGUGGUGCACACGGGAAGGAAGGACUUCCUCUGCCAGUACUGUGCACAGAGGUUCGGGCGCAAGGACCACCUGACGCGGCACAUGAAGAAGAGUCACAACCAGGAACUCCGGAAGGUCAAGACGGAGCCCGUGGACUUCCUGGAUCCCUUUACCUGCAACGUCUCCGUGCCCAUCAAGGACGAGCUCCUCCCGGUGAUGUCCUUGCCUUCCAGCGAACUGUUGUCGAAGCCGUUCACAAACACGCUGCAGCUGAACCUCUACAACACUCCGUUCCAGUCCAUGCAGAGCUCGGGAUCUGCCCACCAGAUGAUCACAACCCUGCCUUUGGGCAUGACGUGCCCAAUAGACAUGGAUGCUGUCCACCCCUCUCACCACCUUUCUUUCAAAUACCCGUUCAGUUCUACCUCAUACGCCAUUUCCAUCCCCGAAAAGGAGCAGCCGCUGAAGGGGGAGAUCGAGAGCUACCUGAUGGAACUGCAAGGCAGCGUGCCCCCCUCUUCCCAGGACUCUCAAGCAUCGUCGUCUAAGCUAGCGUUGGAGCCGCAGAUCGGGUCGCUGGAUGACGGCACGGGGGACCUCUCCCUGUCAAAAAGCUCGAUUUCUAUCAGCGAGCCCCUGAACACAGCAGCGUUGGACUUUUCUCAGCUGUUUAAUUUCAUACCAUUAAGCGGUCCCCCCUAUAACCCCAUAUCGGUGGGGAGCCUUGGGGUGAGCUCUCCGCAGGAGGAGGCACAUUCUUCUGUGGCUCAGCUCCCGCCACAAACCCAGGAACUUCCGGAUCCUGCCGGCACCAUAGGUCUGGGCUCUCUGCACUCACUAUCAGCGGCUUUCACCAGUAGUUUAAGCACAAGCACAACGCUGCCACGUUUCCACCAAGCUUUUCAGUAGGUUCCACGAUGCGGAUCCGUUACAGAAGUGUGUGUGUAGCCCUGCCUUAGGUGACCAUUUUUAUUUUAGUGCCUACUUGCAGACAGUAUACAAAUUUCUGCUUCUGUAUAGUACCAGUUUUCAUUAAGCCAGUAUAAAAUAGAAACUAGCUUUUUAAAUGAGCUUGGGAACCAUUUGUGUUCAGUUAUGUUUACCUGGGUAUUUUGUCCUGACUCACUGCCAACUGUCACAAUUUAAGAUGAUUUCUCAUACAGGAAAGCCAUUAUUAGUAGUAAAGUCUUACCAACCCCGUGUUCCAAUUACUGUUAGAUCUUAAAUUUUUCAUUUUUUUGUCCAAUAACAAUGGCUCUACCUUUUGACAUUUGGCUCAUUAAAAAAUUUUGCAAGAGAGUUAAAUUUUCUAAAAUGUAUAUGAAUGACCUGAGAGUUGUAAAAUUUCUACUAGCCUCUAAAUGGAUUAAUAAUCAAAAGCUUCAAAUGAAUUAAGAAUCCAGUCUGGGGACAUGACAUAUGUUUCUUAGAUAGACCAUAAUUUCAGGUCAGUAUAUUUUGAAGACUUGCUAUCGUCUGGCUCAAAUGUUUGCCGUCUUUAUCAUGCACAUGUAAGGAAAACAAAACCGAAACACAAAGCACCAGUAUCUGUAGCAAAAAGAGACCCCUAGUAAGGUGACACGGCAUUCCACGUUACUUAAGAGUUGGCCUUAAUUUAGUACACAGGAUGUUUGCCACGUUUUAUACUUCUUGCUCUCUUUUCGUUCGAUUCACACUAAUAGUGUAUGGCGUCAGAGUCUUCAGUCAGUCUCUGGGUGGAUCUCUUUCGUCGUUUCCACCUUCCAUGGCCAGAGGGUAGGUCAAGCACAGCCAGCAGUUCUCCUUGGAUUGUCAGUGUACAGUCGGUCCAGAGUCCAGAGCCGCUGGGGAACACAGGUGUGUUUAUCCCGGCAGGGGAUGGGGGGGAGGGGGGCGGAGGGGAGGUGUCUCCGCUUCUAGGGUGAGAGACCCUAGGCGGGGAGACAGAUGUGAGACCUGCAGCUCUGCCUGGGAACUUGUCUGGGGAUCGCGUCCCCUGUCGCCUGGGUGGAAACGAGAUCCCUUAGGAGUCAAGUCAAAGCACAUCGCUUAUGUCACUUCUUGCUGAAUUUGAGGCAGUUCGUGGUCCCUAAGCACCAAAAACAGAAAACAAAACAACAGCCCUGCUCCCAUGGCAUCUUUCUUAUUCAGUGUUAAUUCAUCUUUCCUUGCUAUUUUUGGACGGAGACUUUAAAGUUAAAUGCAUUCGAAAACUAUUUGAGGAAUGACCACAAAGUCUUAAGCGACUAAAAAUAUAUACAGUAAAACCCCACUUUUACACGUCCCUGGGAAAUAGGAGGAACGUUGCAAAUAAGUUGAAUUUGUAGAGGGAGGGAGAAAAGUAAGGCAAAACAAGCACUAUCUUAGUGAUUGUGAAAAGAACAAUCGAGAACAUUGUGUUCAAUGAAUACAACAGUUACUAUGGGCUUUCUUCAUGUUAGGCAACCAGCAUAUGUUCUCAAAGGUCGAAUUAUUAUUCUGUUUUGCUAAUAAUCAGUUGGGGCAUCAACCUAAGAAACAUAUCUAGUAAGCACUUGUUAACACCUUAUUUGGGGACCCUGUCUGUUGGGGUGGGUAUGAGGAGGGAGGGUUUAUAGAAGAGUAUAUAUCUCUUUAAAAAAAGAGAGAGAAAAAUAUUUCUGAGCACUCAUCUGCCCUACGUGGAAGCUUCUUUUCCCUUUUAUAGGGCCAAUUAUCACUGCAGAUUUCGAUGUUUACCAAGAAUUCCUAAAAAUGAGUGCGGAUUACUGAAUAGAAUACACUAUUUAAAAUAUUGGGGAGUAGUAUAAUUUGUGGAGAAAUGUAAAUUGUAAUAAUGUAAAUGGGGGUUUCACUAUAUAUAUUAUAUGUAUGUACACACACGUCGCACUUCAUAGAAUCAGAGUGGCUCUUAAGGAGCUUGGGCUCCUGUUAUUUUAUCAUGCUCCUAUGUUUGUUUGUUUUUUUUUAAUCCUAGGAGCAGUAGUUUUUAUACGUAUGUAUUUAAAUUUUAUUAUUAAAAGUUACAUUUUAUUAAAAAAAGUGUGUUCCAAAGGCAUUAAAAUUAUAUAUGUUAAUAAGGAAAUACAUUUUAAAAUUUUUCAAACUGCUCCUAAGCUUUUGAUUAGGAGAAUAUUUGCUCUGAAAGUAGGCGUUUAGCUCUGCUUUAUUUCCGCCUCCUUUAGUUUCUAUGAAACAGAUUGCUUACUUAAAUCACUAGUUGAAUGAUUAGUGUUCAAUAUUGCUUUAAUCACCAUUGAAAAAAAAAAAAGGAGAAAGAAAUCUGGUGACAGAGCACAAAUAAAUAGAAAACCUAUUUUUAAAUAGAAAUCACAAAUACAAGUGUGGAAGCACUACUUUAUUUUGUCUAAAAUUUGCUUAAAGAGAAAUCAGAAUAACGAACUGAGACGUUGGCCUUAGUAGGCUGUAUUUCACUGCUAAUUAAAAAAAAAUUAAAAAGGGAGUACCAGGAUUUAUUAAAUAAAGCAUUUUGGAAAUGGGGAAUGGUGCCAUGUAGGUAUAUAUAUUUUUAGCCUAAUUCUCGCCCUGCGUGGAAUUCAAAUACGUGGAGGCAUAUCUUCCAGGGCACCAGUGCUAAAACUGUGGACUCAUAUUUUCAUAUGUACACCCUUUGCCUGUUGCUGCCCCACAGACUUGAAAUAACAUUUCCAAGUAAGAGGGAAUUCAGCUAAUUUGUUUUUUAAAUUGACUGUAGCGGUCACUAAACCCCUUUUGAGAGAAUCUAUAUUAAACAUGAGGCUGACUCAUUUAUUUUAAUUGCACAAUGGUCUGACAAGGCUGUAACACCGAACUGGCUCUUUUUUUUUUUUCCUAAAAAAAAAAAAAAAAAAAUUGACACAUUUUUAUGUCAACUGGAUGUGAUUAAAAAUAAUUGUUGCCAAUGCUGUUUUCAUUCUCCGGUGGCCAGAAUCAUCAUCCCUGGAAUUUCUAGUAGUGCCUUUGCUUGGUUUAAAAAAAAAAAAAAAAAAAAAAAAGGGAUUAUCAUUAAGUAAAAAUAUUUCAGUUUAGGAUUUGGACCUCAGACAAGAUAUUGAACCUCAUUCAGUUUGACCUUCCAUGUGUUUGUACAAAUUAGAUCACCAGACACAGAAAGCAUGAGUGUGGAAGGAUCUUGACACCGUAAGCAAUAUUCUCCACCGAUGGAUGCAAAUACCACCUUUAUAGCUGUUGGUCACUGUUACAACGUGCAUCUUAAAAUCCUCUUAGCAGGUUCCAUUUUCCAGAACGUUGUCCUGGCUGAUGAUGCACUACUCCUUGUGCAGCUUUUUCAUUUCGUUUCGUGUUUCUUCCAAGCUGUGUAUUUUUGCCUAUUUGUUGCUUGUGCUUUUACUAUUCUUAGUCACUUGUGGAAUAUAGUGACGUAUUGUGUUAAUUUGGACAGUAGCGGUUUUUAAAAACCAUAUACUGACUGAAACAUGAGCCAGAGCUGAUUGCUUUAUGAAGCUAAUAAUGAAUGUUAAAGAGUACAUAUUUUCAGGAUCAUUCAUCUAGAAAGCAAUACACAUAUAUAGGCCAAUAUUUUUUUACAAAAUAGAGCUUGGUCAACCUCUAUACUACACAUAUUACAAGAUAUAGCACUUUCAAAACGAAUCUAAACCUUUACAGAAACUUUCUUAUAGGUUAUGCCUUUUAUUUUAAGACUUAUUAUAAUUUGUUUCAAGUGCCGUUAGAUGAUAUAUAUGUAGGCCUUUGAUAUAUAAUGCUUUGUGUUCAAAAAUGGUAGAUGGUAUUUUAAACAGGUACAUUUUUACAGUGUUUUCUUAUCAAUUUGCUAUAUUGCACAGAAUCAGUGUGUGUCUUUUCAUAAGGUUUUACAAUGGUUUAUUUUUUUACAAGGUUUACGUGUCUCAAAACACACUGUCUUCCCAGUAUGUAAAUUAAAAAAAAAAAAAUACCAGUUCACCCAAGUUGCUUCUAGCCUACUGAGAUCCAUGUGGCGUUGGAGGAGAUCUUUCAGAUACUGAGUAUUCUUCAUUAGCAGUGGCAGACUGUUAUCUCUGAGAAAUGAGUGCCUACGUUGACCUUGUCUUAUUUUUCUCAUACUGCGUCAGCAGCUGUCUACCACACAGAUAGUCUGUUGUGAUCCCAUAGAGCCACAUAAGUUGUGUUGUGUAGUUCUGUGCUAAAAACCCAUACAGAGCUCCUUUCUGAUCAUCUAAAUCGAGAUGAUCCCACCCACAAUGGUAAAGGCACGCUCAGCUCACCCCCCAGGCCCUUCUCCAACGUUGUCAGCCCUCUGAGGAUGGAAGGCAGUGUCUUUUGAUAAGUUAUCUAGCUUAGAAAUAACAGAACUAUUGCUAAUGUAUAAAACACUUCAUUGUAUAAGCUUCAGUGGUACAGAUGAACCAGAAUGAAUGUGUAUCUCCUCAGAAGCACUCCUUCAAUAUUCUGUUGGAUCAUAUGCUGCUAAUGUAACUUGGGAUACAACUCUUCAUGGUGCUACAAACUUCUCUGUCUCAUUCAGUCGUGUUUUUUUUAUCCAUAGGAAAAAAAGGACUACAUUAGGCGUAAAGGUGUACAAUAUAUUUUUAUACUGUGACUUCAUUUGUCUUUAACAAGACUUUUACACCACCCACAACAAUGUAUUCAUGUGCACUUGCAAAAGGAAAUCUCGGACGUGCAGAUGUUACCAGAACAAAACCCAGCUUUGUCCACAAGGUGACUAUAACUCAGAACGAAACGUGGGCUUUAUGAUAUGGUGUGGCGUGAAGAACAUGCUGUAUGUUACUAACAGCCCUUUGAAUUUAACAAAAACUGGGAAUCCAUUCGGAAAUGGAUUGCAUCAUGCCUGAACAUAAGCUGGACUGCUGAGAUUGUAUUUUUAGCUGAUGGAAAAAGUGUUUGGACUAGUACUCUAAAAAUGUUCUAAUGAUAAAGUUUUGAGUCAAAAUAGAAAAGAAAAACUCUGCAUUCCAGGCUGAAUUUUGUAUAUUUUUAUUGCAUUUAAAAUCGCUAUUCUGUGAUAUGGGAAAUCAAAUGGCUUAUCAUGUAUAUCAUGUACUUAAAAUGUAUUCACAAACUACUGUUGUAUUUGUAUAAAAUAUAGACAAAGAUCGUA